GUUUCAAUACAUAACUUGAGCUCCGAAGAAGCAGUUACGCGCUGCCAACAUUUUCAUAUGUUGAGCGAUCCUGAAUUAUAGUUGAAUGUUGUGCACCCUUGCAGGAAAUCGGCGCGAAAUAAUAUAAAUUGUUGUAUGAAAACGAACAAGUUUUCACUUUAUACGCGAACCGGCGUCUUACGAAACUGUGUCAAGUCGCGACAAUAGUGCUCGCCCGCUUUCCGGCCGUGCUAGCCUGAAGCUACACAUCCUCAAAUAAAUACGUGCGAGUGAUGCGUAUUAUUUAAUCGGUGAUUUCUCGCGAAUCUGGAUUAUAUACAACUUUUAAAUCUUCGAAUAGAAACUGUUGUUCAAAGUGUUAAAUUUUAUAGACAUUAUCAUUUCGACGUUCCUUGACGUUAAGACUUUUAAGCAAAUUUACUAAAUAGUGGUCAAGAUGAGCUUCGAUAAGAAUUCGGUUGGGAAAAUUAUGGGAUACCUGAAGCAGCUCUCCACAGAAAUGGGAGGGAGCGAACAGACACGGCGAGGGCAAGGUGACGAGGAGCGGCUCUAUCGUGCGAGAGGUCCGAAAUACGCCCGGGUGCCAUCGCGGCCUACGUUGUCCGCGUCUACCACCUGCACCUCGUUAGCGACGUCCUGCGGCUCCCAGGGGACCCUCGCGCCCAACUACGCCGCCAUCCCAGAGAACGUGUCUACUGAAAGCAGUAGUGAAGACGAACAGGACUCUUUUGAGAAAACUCGGCGCCAUUUCCAACAGUUGCGUCAGAUCAGCUUGGGGAACGAGUUUAAAUAUAAAAUGGAAAUGGAAAUUAAGAGCGCCAAGGAGGAGAACUUGCGCAAUUCGGUGCCUUUCGUGAAACAACUGAGCACCGACAGUAACAAAGUUAAAACUAAUUACGCGAUCAACGGUGACAGCCAGCCCUACAAUGUACCGACAACACAGAGCCUGUUUCUUUGGACACAGGUGUUUGCUGCUUUGGCCGUGUCAAUGGGCUCCAUGAUAGUCGGCUUCUCCUCGGGCUACACAUCACCAGCUCAAUCCAGCAUGAACGAGACAUUAAUACUCGGAAAAGAAGAGAUCAGUUGGAUCGGUGGUAUAAUGCCUUUGGCAGCGUUAGUUGGUGGUGUACUGGGAGGUCCACUAAUAGAAGGCUUCGGGAGAAAGCUCACUAUAAUUGGCACUGCAGUACCGUUUUUCCUCGGUUGGAUGUUAAUAGCGAACGCAAACGGAAUUGCCAUGGUGUUAGCCGGACGAGCCUUCUGCGGUCUGAGCGUCGGCGUCGGCAGUCUGGCGUUCCCUGUCUACCUCGGAGAAACGAUUCAACCGGAAGUUCGAGGGUCUCUGGGAUUACUACCAACCGCUUUGGGUAACACCGGAAUAUUACUAGCAUUCUUUGCUGGCAUUAAGCUAGACUGGAGACAUUUGGGAUUUUUAGGUGGUGCCCUGGCUAUUCCCUUUUUCUUAUUGAUGCUUAUCACGCCAGAAACGCCUCGUUGGUAUGUUACGAAAAAUCGCGCAGAAGACGCUCGCAAAGCCCUGCAGUGGCUGAGAGGCAAAAAUAUUAAUAUCGAAAAAGAAAUGCGCGAACUGACACGAUCGCAAGCCGAGGCUGAUCUUGUACGCGGCAACCAAUUCAAACAACUAUUCGCUGUUAAAUAUGUCCCAGCUGUGCUCAUCUCUUUGGGCCUCAUGUUCUUCCAACAACUGAGUGGCAUCAACGCAGUCAUAUUCUACGCUUCGACCAUCUUCGAAUCAGCAGGCAGUAACAUCGAUCCGAAAUUAUCCUCGGUUAUUAUCGGCGUCGUCAACUUUAUAUCUACUUUCAUAGCAACGGUACUUAUCGACAGACUGGGAAGGAAAAUACUGUUAUACAUAUCUUCAGUCUCAAUGAUUUUGACCUUGGUGGCUUUGGGCUCUUAUUACUAUCUUCAAAACGUUGGAGUUGAUGUCACACCAUACGGAUGGCUGCCACUCGCCUGCCUCAUAAUAUACGUCCUAGGAUUCUCCAUCGGAUUCGGCCCUAUUCCUUGGUUGAUGCUCGGAGAAAUUUUGCCGUCGAAAAUCCGUGGAAACGCAGCUUCAUUGGCAACAGGAUUCAACUGGACCUGUACUUUCAUCGUAACCAAGACAUUCCCAAAUAUAAUCCAAGCUAUUUACAUGCACGGAACUGUAUGGCUGUUCUCUGUUAUCUGUCUCAUUGGGCUGUUCUUCGUGAUUUUCUUUGUGCCAGAAACCCGAGGCAAGAGUUUGGAGGAGAUCGAGAAAAAACUGACGGGAGGCUCGGUUAGAAUACGGAAUAUUAAUGGGAACAAACACAUGCAAAACGGCUGUUAAGCAUGUUGAAAGUAGUAAACCAAGUGUGGUAUAUUUAAAGGGUUGAGUUAGAAACCCAUUAUUUUGAUUGUGAUUUAGGUACAAAAGAGGGGAGUGGUGCUACACGUAACGUGUACGCAGAAGACUGACUUGGAUUGUAAUCAUUUAUUUUGUACAGUAUACAGUAGUUUAGUAAUUCACUCUUACAUUUAAGUAAAUUAUAGUUCCUUUAGAUGUAAUUUUUAUGGUAAAAUAACUUCACUAAUAUGAAGAAGGUAAAUUAAUCAUGUUUACUAAAGAAAAGAAUCUCGUUUGUGGUUCCCUUGUAAGCCCAGUAUGUAUUGAACGUAGUGUCAUUGAAAUAUUAACUUUUAUAUAUUUUUAAAUAAUAUUAAAUUUUAUUCUUAGAUUAUUUUAAAUUAUCACGUACCAUAAAAGAACAUGACAUAACUAAGGUUAAAAUUAUUGUACUUUAAAAACUUGUAACUCAAUGUAUGUUAUUGGUUAAACUAAAAAGUAAAGGCGCUAUGUACGCAUACUUAUAAGGAUAGAAUAUUACGAAAUGUUUUCGUAUAUUACGGAAGCGUUAUUUAUUUAUAUUUGUUACUAUUUUCAAUAAAAAAAG